GAGGACGUCCAAGACGAGUCUGAACAAGAACUCUCCGAUGGACGGUCGGCGCUGCGCGAGGUCGAGGAACGCGAGGCGGCUGAGAAGCGACGCACAGGUGCGCGGGGCCCCAUCAACCGAACACUCCAGCACUGGGAGCCCGCCGUGGCGACGUUUGACCCGAUUGCGGGCAAACGCUGGACUUUCCAGUGCCGUUUCUGCGGGAGCAAGCGCAGCUUCGAGCGUUCGGUCGACAGCGACAACUGGGCGGACGAGACGAAGCGUCCUGUCCUCGGGAACCUGACGCUGCACACCGCCCAGAAGCACAAGGAGGCGGCGGCAGCGGCAGCGGCGGCGGCAGAGCCAGUGCAGGAAACGAAUUCCGCACCUGCCGGCGGUGGAUCGACCUCUGGCGGCGGCUUCACGGUGGCCAGCGCAAAGCUUAUGGAGGGGUACCUCAAAGAGGGCAAGCUCAACCCGAAGGUUGAGCCCACGCAACGCGGGUUCCUUCAAGUCUUUGCUGCCUGGAUCGUCGAGGACGACCUUCCCUUCACCACGGGUGAGUCGCCCGGCCUCGCGCGUGUAUUCCGGUACAUGCAGUCGAAGUUUCUGCUGCCCACGGACACGACCGUGCGCAACACCAUCGCAACUAUCUUCGCGAAGAUGCAUGCAGAGCUCGUCAAAGAGCUGGCAGCCAUCGGAGAUUGGGUUGCUGAGCGCGAUGAUCUUGAAGCUCUCACGCUGCUCCCCGAAGACUGGAACUUUCUACAGCAGCUUGCGAAUCUGCUCAGUCAUUUCACGCAUGUUACCCACAUCAUGUCAAAGCAGAGCAUGCCGACGCUGCCAUGGGUCUUACCUAUGUUUGACCACAUGAAGACAGCCCUGACAAAUGUGAUUGCAAGCCCGAGCACGAAGCCCGCGCUAGCUGUUGCAGCCCAAGCUGGUCUUACGAAGCUCGAGCAAUACUACACGAAGGCAAAGGAGUGUCAGUACAACGUGAUUGCAACAGGUAUCAAGCUCGGUAGUGAGGAGAAGGCGCGCGCUGAAGUGCUCUUUGAACACGUCUUCCGCAAGUAUGAGCUGAAGUUGCCCAAAGCUGCAGAUGUACCUGCACGCCCAGCUCCAGUAGCAACCCCUUCAUCCUUCCUUGACACACCAGGCAGCGUCUCUACCCUAUGA